CCUGUUGGUAUUUUCCGGGCAAUGCCCCGCGGUCACACUACGCCUGAUAAAUUCCAACGGAUUGUGAAUCACAAAAUAAAAAUUAAGUAAAAAGUGCACAACAGACAACACACACCUACCUUUACACACACGACACAAUGGCCGCCACCCUCAAGCCCUACCUGACCGCCGUGCGCCACUCGCUGACGGCGGCCAUGUGCCUGCAAGACUUCCCCUCCCAGGUGGUCGAGCGGCACAACAAGCCGGAGGUGGAGAUCUGCUCCAGCAAGGAGCUGGUUCUCACGCCCGUCGUCGUGUCCCGGAACGAGCGCGAGAAGGUGCUGAUCGAGCCCUCGAUCAACUCGGUGCGCGUUAGCAUUGCGGUGAAGCAGGCGGACGAGAUCGAGCGCAUCCUAUGCCACAAGUUCACCCGAUUCAUGAUGCGCCGCGCCGAAUCCUUCAUCAUUCUGCGCCGCAAGCCCAUCGAGGGGUACGACAUCAGCUUCCUGAUCACCAACUUCCACACGGAGCAGAUGUACAAGCACAAGCUGGUGGACUUUGUCAUCAGCUUCAUGGAGGAGAUCGACAAGGAGAUCAGCGAGAUGAAGCUGGCGGUCAAUGCCAGGGCUCGCACCUGUGCCGAGGAGUUCCUCAAGCGCUUCUAGGUCAAUGGGCGGCUUGCUACGACGCAUUUAGUAUUUCCAUAUCGGAUUCAAGAAUAAAGACGGCUUUUUUAUUA